AUGAAUCAUUUUCGUAAUCAUCAUUUAGGUUGUUCUUCUCAAGAAAUGCCUCCGUUACCAUUGUUACUAGAUUGUAAUGACUUUAAUUUAAACAAUUAUGGUGAAAUUGAAAUUGAACAACAUGAACAAAAAGAACAAGGUGAACAACAAGAACAACGAAUUUUAUCGUGGCAAUACGAAAAUCAUGAUUCAUUAGAUGAUAUCAAAAAAUUUUAUUUGAAGAUGCUGUUAAAAGUACGAGAAGGUCAUGUACUUCCUGGUAAUGUUAUGAAGACUAUGGCAUUAUCUAUUACUUGUCUGUUAGAAAUUUUUUCAUAUCAUUUGUUAUCAAAGCUUCACAUGAAUAUUGAUAAUGCCAUAUCAAACAAUUUUAACAAUGAUGUUGAAAAAACAUUAUUUGAAAUAUCAAAAAGUGAAGAUUCAUUUAUUUCUUCUUGUCAAAUUUAUUUCACGUUUGUCAAACCAAAAGAAAUAAUCUUACCUACGGGAAAUAAAGCUUAUUACAUUCCAUUAUGUGAUCUACUUAUGAAUUUAUUUGAAAAAAAAGAUUUUUAUGACAGCAUUAAACAAGAAAAAGAACUUAUAUCUCAAUUUCAUGAACAAGAUAUUAUUUAUCAUUAUCGAAAUGCAGAAAUUGGACGACAACAUCAUAUCUUAAAUAAUAAAAAAAAUUCUUUAUUAUUACAGUUGUACUCUGAUGAUUUAGGUGUUGUUAAUCCAUUGAUGGGUAAAAAUGCUGUACACAAAUUGACAACAUUUUAUUUUUCGCUUGAUGAUUUACCAUCACGUCAUAGUUCUUCUUUACGUGUCGUAUAUUUACUUUUAUUAUAUUAUAAAAAAGAUUUUGAAGAUCAAAACAAUCGUCGAAUUUUAUUUGAACAAUUAGGUCAAGAUUUAAGAACUCAUGAACUUGGUGGAUUUACAAGAACUUUUACUACUGGUUAUUUUUGUCGUUAUUGUUUCACGCAUCAUCACGAUAUGAAACAUAUUUACAAGGAAUCACAAACAUUAAUUCGUACAGCUGAAUCGCAUGAUAUUCAGCUAAAACAUGUAGAAAACGUGCCUUCAGAUAAAUCUAUGUAUGGUAUCAAUGAAGCAUCAGCAUUAUCAUUUAUUUCAUCGUUUCAUCCUAUUACUUCUCUGCCACCGGAUUUGAUGCAUGAUGCAAUGGAAGGAAAAACUAUGGAAAAAUAUUGUUUGUUUUUGAAUUUACCAUUUAUGUUAUUCAAUAUUGUUGACAAAAUUCCUUAUUGGUUUUUAUAUGAACUAUUACGUGAAAUAUGGGAUAUGUUAUACUGUGAUUUUCCAAGAAAAUCUUGGUUAUCAACUCUUCAAGAAUUAAUUGAAGAAUUUAUACAAUUGUUUCAAACAAUUUUCCCUGACCAAUUCACUCCCAAGUUUCACUAUCUUCUUCAUGCAGCACGAAAUACAGCAAAAUAUGGUCCCUUAAAACGACAAAUGAAUUUACGUUAUGAGGCAAAACAUCAUUUGUUAAAACAAAUCGCCAAUCGAUGUAAUAAUUUUAUUAAUUUACCAUACACGAUUUCUAAACGUAUACAACUUCGUCAGUGUUAUGAAUUAAUUGAUGAAAAUGUAUUUAAAUUAAAUAACGUUAGUGGUAAAAUUCAUACACGACGCAAAAUAACUGUUAAUCAAUUAAUACAAAAAGCAUUACUCGAUGACAAUCAAUUCAUUUAUGGUGACAUUGUUGAAUUUGUCAAAUGGGUAUUGAUAGAUAAUGUUAAAUACAAGGUCGGAGAUUUUUUUGUUGCUUAUUUAUUAGGUGGAGAAGAAAUUCCAUUAUUCGUUAAAAUUAAAUUUAUUAUUCAUAUAGUCAAACAAUGGCGUUUUAUUGUUCAAUGUUAUGAUACAAUUACAUUUAGACAAAAUUUAUGGUGUUAUGAAAUUAACCCAUCAAACAAUAAUUGCAUAUUGAGUAAAAAUGAAUUUUUAACACAUAAAGCAGAAGACUGUUACCAUAUAAAUAAUUCAUAUUUCAUUCGUGCACCUUAUCGUUUAACUGUUAUUGAAUGA